AUGCGCAGUAAUUUGUGGCGGGUUUUAUGGGGUGACAAAAAACACACGGCCAAUGAAUGCGUUGCCAAAGUGACGCGCGAAGCUGGAAAAGAAAAUAGGGUUGAGAGAAGUGGCGCAGGGAAUUAUUUAGUAAAAAUGAAGGAAGCUUUCCUUUUUUUUUAUUAUUUUGUAGCUCGUUCCAGGAAAAUAAAAAAGACUUCAAUUAUAAAUACUGGAUUUAAAUAUAUUUUAUUUUUUUCCUUUUUUUUUUAUUUUUUUGUAUUCCUUUCUGUGCUUUUUUUCUUCUCUUUCAUUUUUUUCGACGUCAUUUUAUUCUUUUUCUCUCUUUUAUUUAAUUACUUUUUUAUACAUUUUUCUUCAUCUUUAUUUUUGCUUCUGCUUCUCCUCCUCUUUUACGUCUUUCUUUUCUUUUUCAUUGGACUCGAUCCUUUCCUUCUUUUUCCUGUUCUUUUAACUUUCUUUCUUUUUCUUUUCCUUUUUUUUUUGUUUAUUCUUCACCGUCAUUUUUUUAUCGUCGUUUUUCGAUCUUAG